CAUAUUUGAAAAACAACGGCUGAAGUGUUUGCCUCAAAAUUUUUGCUUGAGAUGCUAAGAUGAAAAUGUCCGAAUUAUCUCCUUUUAUUUUUUGCUGUCACAUUUCCAACUCUUAAAUUUUGUUUCUUGUUUUGCAAGGGGUUUUUGCUUGUUGCCCCUUUAACCUUUAACCCCAUGGCCUUCUCCAUGGAAACCAAAAUGGCUCCCGGACAACAGAGACGCGCAGCCGGCUAGAAUGAGCAGUCGGCGAAAUGGCCUCUAAACAGGGGAACAGAUAAAAUACCUAACCUGGUCUGGGAGAGGCAACAGAAGAAAUUAUGGGUACUGGAAGUGAAGGUGAUUUAAAUUGACAAAGCUGAAAGUGGAAAAGUGGUUAAUUUGCAUGUAAGUUACCAAAUGAAUUCGGAGAUGAUCCAAAUACAGGACGAAACAGAAGAAAUUUUCAAAGAAUUAUGUAUGUGCAAUGGAUUGUCAUAUGAGAAGAUUGCUCAGGAAGGACCAUCAGUCACUGAACUGGAAAUGUUCUUCUCUGGAUAUCCACAAAUGGUGGGACUGCUAUACUUUCCAAAUUUAGUUGUUCUUACAUUAGUGAAGCAAAAUAUCACAAAAAUUGAAGGUUUGGAAGCAUGUCCUCUGCUUACUCAACUGUGGAUUGUUGAGUGCCAUAUAACGGAUAUUAACGGAUUAAACUAUUGUACAAAUCUUCGAAGACUCUACUUGUAUUACAAUCGAAUUACAAAGAUUAAAAAUCUGGAAAAUCUGAAGAAGUUGGAGAUCCUUUGGUUGAACAAUAAUAAAAUUAAAGUGAUAGAAGGCUUAAACACAUUGACACAUCUCAAGGAGCUGAAUCUUGCUGGAAAUUUAAUUGAUGUGAUUUCUAACUCUUUGGACUUCAAUGUUCAGUUAGAAUGGCUGAACCUUUCUGGAAACAAAAUAUGCUCCUUUAAGGAACUCACUAAUUUAGUAAGACUGCCUGAGCUUCAAAUAUUAAGUCUAAAGGAUCCGCAAUAUGCUCCAAAUCCUGUGACUCUUCUCUCUAACUACAUGACACAUGUAGUAUACCACAUGCCGAAGCUUCUGAGACUGGACACUUAUGAUGUGUCCAAUAAACAGGCGAAGGACUUUGCUGAGUCAACUGUGAUGAAAAAGACAAUGUAUUAUCGUAUGCGUAUAAAGGACAUCCGACGGCAGCAAGCUGAAAUUGUGGCAAAGUUACAGAAGCAAAUUAGUUCAUUGCAGGACGUGCCUAAGGAGCGAAUAAAUACCAUUGGCUUCUGCAUUAAAACCCUAGAAUCAGAAUUGACAAAGCUGUAUUUGAGCAAAAGACCAAAUUCUGUGAAGACGUUUCUGAAUGGGUUGAGGAAUAAAGACAGGAAUGAAGAAAUGUACAGCAAUAGUAAUUCACUAAAGGACAACACAGAAGGUUCCAAUGAAGAGCAGAAAAUGUGUCAAAAAUUGGAUGCUCUGAAAGAAAGACUAACAUUUUGGAACAACAGGCUGGAUGAAACUGAAGUAAAGUAUCAGACUGAACUGAAGCCAAUCGUUGAUUUUUUUAAUUUGAGUAUUCUGUUUUUGUUAAUUGAACUGGAAACCGUGGGAAACAUUCGCUUUGAGGAAGGCACUCCUUCUGAUGUAUGGUUCACUUCCUGCUAUGAUGUAAUCUUGUCUCGAUUCUGUGCUUGGGACUUCAAGAAACUUGGAGUGACAGGGUUAAAAAUAAAUCGCAUAGUCAGAGUUCACAAUCGAGUGCUACGCCUUAAGUAUGAGGAUAAAAUCCAAUCUAUUUUGAAUAAAGAAGGAUCUCCUUUUAAAUCAGAAAACUACAGUAAGAUGUUGGAAUACCUAUUUUACAUAUAUGAUCCCAAAUUAUCUACUGAAAAGAAUGAAAUUCUCCAGAUUCUUGAGGGUGGUUUCAAAAAAGCAGAUGUUUAUCGGCUUCAAGGUCGUGAUGAGGCAGUCCCUCUCUGUAAUAGUAUGAGCCUAUGUGAACAACCCAGAAUUGAUUACCUGCAGCAACAAGCUAAAGUCCAGAACACCAAUGUAUUUGAUGCAAUACCUUUUAGAUAUGGUCAGCUCAUUAUUGCCAAAGUUUUCCUUGGUCAUAGUGUUCAGGCCAUCGAUUCAGAACCUGUUGAACAGUUGAAGUAUCCAAACGCAAAUUCUGUCUACAGACCUCGAAAAGUGAACACCAGAUGUGCAAAUGAUACAGGAUUCUCAAGUUCCUUAAAGUUCCACGGCAGCUGUGAUUGCAGCCUUCGUCAAUAUGAGUGGUUUGUGUUUGACCAUGAACUGGUUGUUCCUGAAUAUUUUAUUGACUUUGAAUAUAUAACACAGAAUGAUGGGCAGACAUUUUAUUCUGCUUUUUCUGAAAACAAAAUACAUCCAAGGAAGCAGAGUAAAGCAGAAAUAUUGAUCAUACAGCGAGCCAUGGCAUUUGACGAAGAAGUGUUAAAAAUGGAUCCAAUUGUGACACAAAGUCAUAAAAUUCCAAAUCUGGAGGAGAUUACUUUACUUUCUGCUUCUGGAGCUUCAAUAUUGAGUCAAAUCACAAUUUUGAACUUACAUGGAAAUGGUCUGCGUAAGCUAAAAGGUAUCUCCAGACUCUCAAAUUUACAGAAACUAGUUAUCAGCUUUAAUGAACUCACACAGCUAAAUGACCUUUCAAACCUGUCUCAUCUAAGAUUUUUGGAUGCAAGCCACAACCAGUUGAUAACUUUAGAUGGUUUCACUGGAAUGGAGAAUCUCAACUAUUUGGACCUGAGUUGGAAUCAAUUGACUUACAUCAAGAAAGAAAUAGGAGUUCUUCAUAAACAUGCAUUUGAACUUCUUACACUUGAUCUCAGUCACAAUCCAUGGAAAAAGCCUGAUUUAUUACGUCCGCUUGUCAUUGGCCAAUUAAAGACUCUCACUUAUCUGAAUGGGUCCAUUGUAAUGGAGGAAGAAACUCUAGCAGCUCUGCAAAUGAUUGCUGAAUCCAAGAUUACGCAGGUUUCUUUAUUAGCCCAUUCACGGACUGAUGAAGAGCGCCCUCGUUGCCUCAGUUUAUUGAACUGCGCUCAGAAUCUGACUCAGUUAAGCAAAAAGAAACCAAAUCCAUCUGUCGACCAAAGCACCAACUGGUUUUCCACGAUUACUACGUUAAAUUUAGAUGGACAGAAUCUUUCACGGCUCACAAAUCUAGAUAGGCUGGAGAAUUUGCGCUGGGCUUCUUUUAAUAACAACAUCAUCCAUAGAUUUGAAGGCUUGGAUCACUGCCUCCAACUUGAAGAACUUUCUUUGGAAGACAACUUUAUUUCUGAACUUGAAGGGAUUUCAAAGCUGAUGAAACUGACUCGAUUGAAUCUUGGAAAUAAUCAAUUGAAAAGUUUGGAAGGCUGUGGUCUAGACAAGUUAACGCAUCUCCACUAUUUGUCACUAGAAAACAACAACAUUUGUUCACUACGCUGUUUACAGAAAAUAUACACCUUAAUAGAACUCUACUUGGGAAACAAUCUCAUAGUUAAUAACUGUGAAAUCUACCAUUUAAAGGGAAUGGAGAAUCUUGUAAUAUUGGACUUGUAUGGGAACCCAUUGGUUUGUAAACAGGAACACUAUCGCCUUUUUGUCAUCUAUCACCUACCUUCAUUGAGGGCUUUUGAUGGAAAUGUAGUGGAACCAGCAGAAUCUGAAAAUGCAAAAGAUGUGUUUGGUGGUAGAUUAACCGCUGAUAUGGUUACAGAGAGACUGGGGCAUUCAAACUUUUCAGAAAUUUUAAAGUUGGAGAUGCCAGAAUCUGCAAUCAGAUCUGUAGAUCUUGGACCUUCUGAGAAAUUUGGACGUUUACAAAGAAUCAAUUUGGAACGCAACAAUCUUACAUCCUUCAGUGGUCUUGUCUAUCUCCCUCGUGUCAAAGUGCUUUACUUAAACCACAACCACAUUGAGACCAUUUUGCCAAGACAAAAGCCUCAACUUCAUUUGACCAAUAGACAGAUUCUUCAGCAGAAGGUCUCAUCCAGUGGCUAUGGACAGUCAGGACUUUCCCGGAGCAACAGCAGAGAUGUAAAUUAUGAAAAUCUUCCUCCUGUUAUGGAAAGCUUGGAAGUACUUCACUUAGGCUACAAUGGCAUCUCUAGCCUCAUUCAACUACAGUUAAACAGACUUGUAAAUUUGAGAGUAUUGUGUUUAGAAGGCAAUUUUAUUAGUCAGGUUGAGGGGCUUGAUUGCCUUCAGAACCUUGUUGAAUUAUCAUUGGAACGAAACCGAGUCCGAAUGAUCCACGAGAACUCCUUUUUGGGCCAAACCUCUCUCAUUGAGCUCCACCUAGAGGAGAAUAGGAUGCGUGAUCUUAACAAUCUAUAUCCACUGGUAAAACUACAGCGACUUUUCCUCGGUGUAAACAAAAUCCAGGAUAUAGGUGAACUGGAAAAACUUGAUUCACUUCCAAAUUUGACAGAGCUUUCAGUUGUUGGAAAUCCUGUCUCUCGUAAAAUGUUGUAUCGUCCAUUCCUAGUGUUUCGAUUGACAAAGCUUCAGAUAUUAGAUGGCGUACCAGUCACUAUGGAUGAGAAAGAAAAAGCUGAAUUUCUAUUGUGCGAGCAUAAUACAAUGCCUUCAAGUUCAAUGGAAACAGGGCUAGCUGCAAUAAUGCCAUUACUAACAAGGCCCAAUACAUUGAGGACAACCAAUAGUCUUCCUAAAGGGUUGCAGCCUUUUUCAGGACCAGACUUCAAUCUCCCACAUGGCUUUGGGGACUCAGUACCACAGGAGCCAGUCAGAAAUAAGAGGCCCAAGCAUUUGGGAGCAAACCUGCCGAAUACUCGUACCUUCCAAUCAGACAUUAUUUGUCGGCAGAUAAGAAGUGGUGCAACCUAUCAACCUGCCUAUAUGCAGCAGCAGAGGGACAGUUCACGUAACAUGCGAACUUUAAUGCAAAUCCAAGAUCAAGAUGGCAGGGUACACAACAGUAGUGCUUCAAAGCCAUCUCAAAUGUGACAACAGGACGGAAAACAAUACGGAUGUCUGGAUAUUCCUUUCUGAAGAGGAAGACAAACAACUUUGCAGACACCAUAUGUCCCUAACUUUAUGCAUUGUUCAUGAAAUAUUGAUUCAGGCAUUUUCUUUCAAAAACGUUUUACAUUUCUAAGGAUGAGUUAUUUUUCUUUCAAAGUAACAUUGUACUAUUUUGUAAACAGUCCAUAAGCCUAUUUAAAAUACAGCAGUGGAUUUAUUUAUUUCUGCAUCGCUUGUCAGUUUCUUCUCAAGGUUCAGGUAUGCUGAAUUUAACAUUUUGUAUGAGUUAACUAUUAUGUAAAUUGUCUACAUUUAAAGAUUUACAUUGAAACUAAGUUGGUACAUAGAAAACCCUCUCAGAUGUAAAAGGCAUAUGAAAUAAAUGUAUUUAUCAUCCAUAGGAAUGCUCCAAAAAAUGUCAUCUGUUGUGUCCAUCACUACAUUACUUAAUAAGACUUCGCUGUAACCUUUUUUCCUUGAGAAUUUAAUUGACAUAAUUUACAUUCAUCAAAGAACAUUUGUUUGCACUUUCGGUGAAGUAUACACUUCAUUGACUUUUAUAAUUCAGUAUGGAAAUAACUGCAGUCAGUUUUACAUGAACAAUGAUAACUUAAUGCUGAGCUAAUAUCACAGAAUAUUGUGUAAAAUACUCAGUUAAAACUAUUUUAGUUGACUGUUAAAAAUUCUUAAAUCAUGCAAAAGUGGAAGCAAUUACAACAUUGAUUACUUUUGUUAGUUACCAUGUAAAGAUAAGGUUUGUAUUUGCUAACAUUUAAGAAUCAUUAAGCAAUAACUGGUAUAGCUCAGUAGUCUACUCCAUUAAUUAGUUAUUUACUUGCAAUCUCAAAUACUGUAUAUUACUUUAAAUGCCCCAUAAAUGUAAUCCUAUUUUGUUAAAGGUGUACAAAGAUGGAUUUAGAACUGCUUAUUAAAAUGACAAUUUACAGUGAUUACAAUUAAUGUUGUUAAGUAUGUCUUGAUGACAUUGAAACAUUGUUCCAUAUUUCUCAAAAGUAUUGCAAAAGCAUUUGUAAAUACUAUAUUUUUGUAUAACAAAUUUGUAUUUCUAUUGCAAGUUGUUCCACAAUAAGAGUAAAUGUUAUUGAACAUCAGUACAAAAUUGAAAUUGUUUAAUGUCUUAUUGCACUUUUUUGAACUUACACAUUUUGAAAACUGUUACUUCACAAGAAGUCCUCAUAGUCUAGUCAAAUGUGUUGUGUGAUUUUACGAAAUCAUAUUUACACAGUAUUAUCUACACCCAGUCGCAUUUCUUACCUUCAUUCUGUAAUUAAUUUUUUUCUUCAGUUUCAUUUUGAAGUGAAAACAGUACAGAUGCCUAAUAAUCUAUUUAUACCCAAACAUGGUAGACUUUGCUAUUUUUAUUUGUUUUAAAAGUUAUUAUGCAACAUCUAAUGUGUUUCAAAAUCAAUUAAAAACAUAGCACUAUCAGGAUAAUUUAAUCUCAAAAUAUAUUUGGAUUAAGUGCAUUUGCAAUCAAUAAAAUGUUUCAGUUACAUUCCACUAGACUGUUGCAUCAUACAAUAAAUUAGCAAAAAUCUUCCAAGAUCUUGUUAGUGACGGAUUUUUCUCCCCAACAUUUGAUAAAUUUCGAUAAAUUUCUAAAUUUCAUGCAUUCAACUGUGAAUUAAAGCACUCAUACCCUUAUUCAUUUUUGAGCAUGUGAACCUGUCUCCUAUGUUAUGUAUAAUUGCAGUUAUUUCAGCUCUAGGGAAGAAUUGCAUUUUUUUAAAAAUUGUUAUAAAGAAGGUCCAAGCUAUUAAAUAUUGCAAACAAAUAUUUGUACCAGUUUCACUUCAGGUGAGUAAAUGUUGAAACUGUCAUCCUUUUUAUCUUUUCUCUUUUCACAUAUAGCUCUGGACUGUAUUUUGUAUUAGUUUCCAGUUGCAUUUGCAGAUUUUCCCGCUCACCCUAGUAGUUAAUGUGCAUUUAUUUAUUAGGACAUUAUUCAAUAUUAAACUCUUGACAGAUUUUGAAUGUGGGGUUCUUUCGGUUGUUUUAUACUGCCACAAUGAACCAGGCUUUGUGAUUAGCUAACACUAGUUACUUUUUCCUCAUCUGUAAAAUGUAAGAUCUUUAUUUUAAAAUGAUCAUGACUGUAUCCUUAAAUAUUUUAUAAUAA